UAGCACUGGCGGUAAGCGCUAAUACAUAGUGGUGCUAACAUGCUGUAGUAGGUGCUCAAAAUAGCCUAAUACUGUAAAUUAUUGUUGCCGAAAUGUUAUCCUUAAAGUACAACGGAAUUUAACAGUACUCUCAAAUCUACUGUAAUUAUUGCUAAGGACCUUUGCGGGAUGUUAUUAAACGUCAAGUGUUUUGUAAUAACUAGGGUACUGACGAGGUUGUUUGGUAACGCGAGAGACAGUUCUCUCUUUUUUUCUCCAAAUGUCACAGAAGGACGACUCUGAAAGUGACAUUUGGGAGUAUAAACCUCUUGGGAAGAAAAAGAAGAAACAAGAAUCAGCGUCUGUCAGCGGAACUGUGGCCAAGAAAAGGUGUACGUCCAGAAAAACCUCCAAGAAAGACACCUCUUCAACUGUCAAAUCUCCGUUGGAUAAAAGAUGUUUGACCGUGAACGCAACUGGAAAUGAAGAUGUCAAACCUUCUGUUAUUAAAGACGAGCAAAACUGUUUAGAAGCCCUGAGCACACCCUCGAAAACAGUCCAAACUGACCAUAAUGGAGAGGGACCAUCGUCUGGAGACUUUUGUCCUAUUUGUCAAAUGCCUUUUUCCAUUUUGGUGGUUCAGUCUCAGAGAUGGCAUGUUAUUGAAUGUCUUGACUUCCCCAGGGACACAUGCAAAGAAUGUCCUGACGGCCUCCUGUGCACCUCAACCAUUCCAAACCAUUACAAGAAAUACAACCACACAUUCCUUGCCCACAGUCGAGCAACUGGAGAUGCACAGCUCCUCAGUCUGUCCCAGCAGGCAACGACUAGUGGGGACUCUGGCCUGGGUUGUCUCCAAGGAUUUAGGAAAGCUGAUGGGAAUGACUCUACCUUAGAGACAUCACAGGAGAGUGUCCUCAGUGUUUCAGUGCUGUCUAACAACAGUGCCUCCUCUUUAAAUAAUCACAAAGGAACACCACCUACUAAAAUCACUAAUGGCCUUCUGUUACUGCGCUCACCCGGACCAGAGGAUUUUAAGAAAAAGAAAGGGUGGUCAUCCUUAAAAGGCCAGAAGUCUCUCAGUUCUUCCCAAGAAAGUAAAUCAGACCUUUCAUCUACUCCAGCCAAAACAGAAAGUAGAGAUCAACCCGGUGAUGGUCUUCUCAAAAGUGAACUUUCUCCUUACAAUGAUGAGGCGAUAUCCUACUCUCCUCUCUCUGAGCUUCCUGUAGAGACUGAAGUGAGCAAGAGUGAAGCAAGGAAAGCCCUUUUUAAUAGUGACACAUUGAAAACUGAGGAUGAUGACUCAUUAAUGCUGUACAGUGACAGUUUCUCAAGUGAAGAUGAGCUCUUUACUGAAUUUCUUGAUAAUUUUGAAACCAGUGAUGGUCCGAUGAAGAAAUGUGUUCUGUCAGAUACCCAGCCGAAUCCAUUUGCCUCAUCAACACAGAGUAAUCAACAGGCUACCUCUGCAGUUGCUGCAAAUACAUCUGCUCCCACAAGGGAAAAAGAAGAGCUUAAAAGUUCAACAAGUGUUGGCAGUGCCUGUACAAACAGCAUUCAGUCUCCUCAGAGUAUUGUUUUAGAGCGCUUGCGAGAAACUAUUUUAAACUCCGAUAGCCUGCCUUUUAAAAACUUGGAUGACAGCAGUAUUCAGUCAGAGAAAUUUCAAACCAUGACACCUUGGAAAAUCCAGAGCAAGACAGGUCAGGCUUCUGGUCUCAAACAGAUGGACAUUGGAGUGUUUUUUGGAGUCAAACCCCUCAAGGAGAAGGAGAAGGAGGCCAAGAGUGGACCCCGUGAACCCAGCAGUGCCUCUGGUGAAACCACAGGUGAGAACUCAGGGCAGAGACGACAAAGGAGAGAAAGACGAGGGAGAAGUAGGGCCACCACAGUAACCUCAGGAGACACAGUGACUGGAGGUAAUAAUGAAGGAGAUGCUCAGAGAGAAUCAGGGAGAGGUGGGACCAGAGGAUGGAGACGAAGAAGGUGGAACAGAGGAGGAGCAGAUGGGGAAGUUGAACAGUUACCACGGUGUCCGUUCUACAAGAAAAUUCCAGGUACGAAGUUUGCCAUAGAUGCCUUCCGGUAUGGAGAGAUUGAUGGUGUUACUGCAUACUUCUUAACCCAUUUCCACUCUGACCAUUAUGGAGGGUUAAGGAAGAACUCCACAUUCCCAAUCUAUUGUAACAGAAUAACAGGGAACCUGGUGAAAAGCAAACUGAAGGUGGCAGAGCAGUACGUCCACAUCCUACCUAUGAACACACAGGUCACUGUGGAAGGAGUCAAGGUCAUCCUUUUGGACGCUAACCAUUGUCCAGGAGCUGCGAUGCUGCUGUUCUUCCUGCGUGAUGGACAGACGGUACUUCAUACUGGAGACUUCAGAGCUGAUCCGUCGAUGGAAACCUACCCAGAGUUACUCAACUGCAGGGUGCAGACACUCUACCUGGACACCACGUAUUGCAGUCCUGAGUACACUUUCCCAAAACAGCAAGAAGUCAUCAACUAUGCGGCAAAUACAGCCUUCGAAUUGGUGACGCUAAACCCACGCACUCUAGUGGUGUGUGGCUCCUACUCUGUGGGGAAGGAGAAGGUCUUUUUGGCCCUGGCAGAGGUCCUGGGGUCUAAAGUGUGCCUCUCUAGAGACAAAUACAACACCAUGUGCUGUCUGGAGUCAGAACAAGUCAGACAACGUAUAACCACCGACUGGAAGGCAGCCCAGGUCCAUGUACUACCCAUGAUGCAGCUCUCCUUCAAAAAAUUGCAGGAUCACCUGGCACGGUUCUCAGGACAGUACGAGAAGCUGGUGGCCUUCAAACCCACGGGCUGGACUUUCAGCCAGCAGGUGGACUCAGUGGAGGACAUAUUACCUCAGACCAGCGGCAGUGUCUCUAUUUAUGGAAUCCCGUACAGCGAACACAGCAGCUUUCUGGAGUUGAAGCGUUUCGUCCAGUGGCUCCAGCCGUUAAAGAUCAUCCCAACGGUAAACAACGGCAGCUGGGAGAGCAGGAAGGCCAUGGAGAGGUGUUUCAGUGAGUGGAUCAUGGAAACCAAAGCUAAACUGUGACAUUUAUCUGUAAAUUGUAACUGGACUCUGGAUCCACUUCACUGCUUGUUGGUAAUAAUACAACAUCAUAACAACAGGAAACAAAAUAACACGACACAUUUCAUCGCUUUUACUGUCAUUGCUGCUCAUUAACGCCCAGAGGAGCAGCUUUUCAUCGCAGUACAAAAGGGGCCACAUGAUGAAUAGCAUCCAUGAUUAUAGUACAGUUUAUUCACUUGUAUGGAAGGUUAAGGUUCUGAUCUUUAAUAAAUGUCUGUGUAAACAUGAUUUAAAGUCCUACGUGGAUCACGACUGUAAUUAAACCCGUUUCAUCCAGAAGUAUUGGACAUCUGAUAUCACAUCCACUUUGUCCCCAGUAUACUGUAAAUGCUGCUUUAUGAUUGUGCAAUUGAAUGAAUGAAUGGAUUGUUUAUUUUGGUUUGUACAUUAAUAAUUUCACUCAGUACAAUAAUUAUAAGAAACAU